CGAGAAACAAUUCUACACUGCUGUGGAAACCGAGGCAUGCUUCGGAAGUCCGAAGUUUAUAUCGAAUGAUAAUAGCUAUGCAGCUAGUUAAAUGGAAAAAGGUGCCGACUAUGUAACUUUAGCUUGGGGUAAGCGGAAAGGUGUGAUGUUGGCAGAGAAUCCAGUGAAUCCCUUGACCUCUGACCUCCUCCAGAGGUCACACUGCACCAAGCAUGGACAGGGGGCGGUGUCCAGGAGGUCGGGGCAGCUGCAGAGGGCGGGCACGUCCAAGCGCACCCGUUACCUGGGGGUGGAGACGUGGGCGGAGCUUGUGUGGGACAGCUGGGAGCUGGGCCGGGAGUACACCAAGAGCCUGCAGCUGAAGAACGUGCAUGGGAAACUGCAGAAGCUCAGCUUCAGGCCCCCUGUCUCACGGGUCUUCUCCACGCCGUUCCCUCACACCAUCUCUCUGAGCCCCGGCACGACCUCCACCCUGCCUGUCACCUUCCGCCCGCUGGAGAGGCGUGAAUAUUCGGACAGCAUCGAGUUCCGCAGUAGCAUGGGGACCUUUCAGGUGUCCCUGCGUGCCACCGUCCCGCGCCAUGCCCUGCUGGCCCCCGAAUCGGUGCUGCUGCCCCCCUGUGGGGUCCUAGACAGCUCCCAAGCCUCCUUCUUGCUUCGCAACGCCAGUAAGCUGCAGACGCACUUCCUGUGGGAGGUGAGCGAUCCAUUCCAGCUGUCUCCGGAGAGCGGUGUCCUGGGCCCGGGGGAGGAGUGUCAUAUGACAGUGCUGUUCAGACCACAGGGGGCGCUGGUGUACCAGGAGGAAGCAGCCUGCGUGUUUGGAGAGCAGGGGGAGAGCCGGUGCAGUGUUCUCUUACAGGGCCUGGCCAAGUACCCCCACUUGCAGCUGUGUGGCGUGGAGCAGGAGGAUGGCUACAGUGUGCUGGAGUUUGGCAGCGUGCCUAUCGGCCAAUCCCUGAAGAGACACUUCCACAUCCUCAACCCAUCCUCUGUGAGCGCCUCCUUCAGGCUGGCGGGGGUAGGGCGGGUGCCGCUGGAGGGCUCCGCGUUUGUGUGCGAGGAGCAGGAGGGCCGUUUGGCCCCCGGGGGCCGGGUGAAGGUGGCCGUGUGCUUCUCCCCCCAGGCGCCCGACUGCAGCAGCGUGGAGUACCUGUGCCUCACCUGCCACGGGGGGCCCAGCAAGGCCUUACUCAAACUCCACGGCAACAGCACAGGCCCGGAGGUGUCAUUGCGCGCUGCGGUGCUGGACUUUGGCUGCGUGGCCCUGGGCGGGGAGGCGUGGCGCGCCGUGGAGAUCGCCAACUCAGCGGCCGCGGAGGCGCGCUUCCAGUUCGACGUGGACGCCGCGGGGCACAGCGUCUUCGCCGUGGACCCGCCCUGCGGCACGUUGCCUGGCAACGGCCGGCUCACCCUGCGCGUGCGCUUCCGUCCUCAGCACCCCAUCGCCCACCACCGGAGGGCGCCCUGUCUGCUGCUGCACAGGGAACCUCUGUUCCUGGACAUGAUUGGCACCUGUCACUCAGAGCAGCUGAAACCGGCCGUCCUGAGGCCGAAGCACCUGCGGCUGUACGACCUGCACCUGGCGCGGGGGCUUACCCGUUACCCGCCCGACGUCCUGAGCGCCAUGCUGACGGAGGGGAGGCUGCGGCUCGACCAGGAGGGGGCGCUCCUGCUGCCGGAGGCUGCCCUCGAGCGCCCCCCUGUGGAGAGCUGCGCGUUGCCCGAGAGGGAUCCCGUGGAGGAGUACUUUCGGGAGGGCGGGGCUGAGCCGGCGGGCGUGGCCGCAGGGACGGGGGCGGGACCUCACGUCACGGCGGACCCCGCCGAGCUCCUGUUCCGGGGCGGGGCUCGCUCCCUCCCCCUCUCCGUCGCCAAUCACACCAAGGGCCGGCUCAGCCUGACGUGGACCACCGCCCCGGACUCGCCCUUCUCAGUCUCCCCCCAAUCCUGCGACCUGCCCCCCCUCAAAAGCACCGCUUUCAGGGUCACUUACGACCCCCUGCAGCACAACACCCUCCAUGCUGCUCAGCUGGAGUGCUUUGCCUGGUACAAGGUUCUGCGGGACCAUCGGCUGGUGGAGGAGCCCACUCUGUGCCCUCCCUGGUGCGUGACCGUCAGGGUCAGCGGCCACUCCUUCCAGCCCGGCUGCGAGCACUUCACCCCCCGCUUCUCCCUGCAGCGCCCCCUGGUGGUGUUCCCUGCGCUGGCUGAGGUGUGCUACCGGACGGUUCUCCUGCAGAACGAGGGGGACCUGCCCCUGGCCUUCAGGCUGGGCUCUGAGGGGACCCCCUCUGUCAGCGCGCACCCCCCGAGCGGCCUGGUGCGCCCCGGGGCCCACCAGAUCCUCACCCUGAGGGCGGUCCCGCAGGAGGACCCCGCCCGCGCGCUGUCCGUCUCUGUGCAGUUCAACGCCUCCCCCAAAUACACACAGGCCCUGACGGUGGUCCGUGUUGUGGAGAGGCCGCGGGUGGCUCUGGAGGGGGACGGCGCGCUGUUCUUCAGACCCACGGCGGUGGGCUACAGCUCGGUCCGCUCCCACGCCCUGACGAACACAAGCCGCCUCCCCCUGCACUUCCACUGGCGAAUCCCCAGCCCCGACGGCCGCGUGCUCUCCGUCCAACCGGAGAGCGGCGUCCUGCAGCCCAACGAGGCCCGGGUGCUGAAGUGGUCCUUCUCGCCAUUGGCUGAAAUGCAGUACACUCUGAGGCCCUGCCUGACCUUCUGGCCAACCCAGUUGCCUGGAAGCAAGAAGUCCCGCCUCUUUCUCCAGGUGGUGGGGCUGGCCUCCACAGGUUCCCUCCAGGCAGAGCAGGCUGUGACGGACCUGGGCCAGCUGCUGGCUGGCAGCUGCCAGUCAUGUGACCUGCCGCUGAUCAACGACGGCCCCUGCCCCCUCAGCUUCUCCCUGGAGGUGAAGCAGUGCAUCGUGGGUCCCGGGCUGGAGGAGGACAGCGACGGGGACGCUGUGGCCCUGCAGCUGGGCUGUCACAGAGGCACGGUACCGGCCCGGUCCAGGAUGGUGCUGCGGUCCACGGUGAGACCGGCCUGUAGAGCCCAGUACUGCUGGACCAUCAGCUACCGGAUCCUCAGCUCGUCCGGCUCAGAGCUGGCGGGGCCGGCGCGCCUGUGCCAGGUGAAGGCCGAGGGCGUGUUCCCGGUGCUGCAGGUGACGGACGCGCGGGGGAGCGGGGGCGUGGCGGGCCUGAGCAAGCUGCAGCUGUGGGGGCUCUUCUCCCUGGACGCCCUCAACGCCUACCUGCGCCGUGACCCCACCCCGCCCGAACUCACCUACAGGGUGCCCACGCGACACAGUCUCCAGGGCUCUCCCUGCUUCCUGACUCCAGUGCUGUUGGACUUCAGCUUCAGUGCAGCACCGUUGGGCUCAGAAGCCUCCAGUGUGCUGCUCAUGCUGGAGAACCCGGGCAGCAUCCCUGUGGACUGGUGCUUCCUGUUCCCGGAGGACCAGCAGCUGGAGCUGGAGUGCUGGGCGGAGAGCGUGGAGUUCAGCCCCGCGGAGCUGCAGCAGAUGAAGGUGCAGGAGCACAGGCUGUUUUCCGUUUCCCCCCGCUCGGGAACGCUGCACCCUGGCCAGCAGAGGGCAGUGCAGCUCACUCACAGGCAUGACUUUGCUGGAAGUGACCUCCUCCCAGUCCUUCUGAAAUUAUCCCAUGGCAGAGAAAUCCUGCUGAAUUUCCUUGGCGUGACAGUGGAGAGAGACAGGCCGUAUGUUCACUUCCCCUCCAGCCGACACACCUUCACACCUGUGCCCGUCGGGGGGUUCAGCCCCCCCAAACAGGUGUAUGAGCUGUAUAAUGGAGGGGCAGUCCCUGUGAGGUUCCAUAUUGACACCGCGCCCCUGGAGCGGCUGACGGAGGACAAUUUCGGGCACCCGGUUCUGCAGUGCCUCACCCCCCGUGGGGAGGUGCAGUCCGGCCGCACGGCCAGCCUGGAGUGGAUCUUCUCCCCCCUGGAGGCGAAGACCUACACAGUGGACGUCCCUGUGCACGUGCUGGAGGGGGACUCAGCGCUGGUGCGGUUCGAGGGCCGGGGGUGGGACGGCCGCUCCGCGGGGGAGGUGCCCCCAGCGCGGCUCCAGGGCUGCCCCGCCUCUGUGCCCAGCACACAGCGGGUGGCCUUACCUGGGCAGCUGGUGUUCCUGUCAGAAGAGCGCGUCUCUCUGGGAGAUAUCCCUGUCUGCUCCCGCAGCACCCGCAUCCUCUUCCUCACCAACGUCUCCCUCACAGAGGGAGUCCUCUACACCUGGAACUUGCCCCAAGACCGCAGCCAGCAGGUGCAGGUGGUUCCUGACUCUGGGCUCUUGGAUGCAGGACAGAGUGCUCUCUGCAUCCUCACCUUACAGGCCUCUGGCACCCCCAGCUUCUACCUGCUGGACCUCAUCUGCCAGGUGACCACAGAGAGAGCCAUGGCGCAGCAUGAGGACGAGCUGCAGCGGUGGGAGAAGGAGAGAGAGAGGCAGGGGAAUGAGUUCACCUUCACAGAGCAGGGCAUCGAGCCCCCCGCUCACGCCCUCCUGGAGAAGGACGCCCCGGAGUGUGUAACAUCCGCACACAGCACAGGCACUACAAUUAGGAAGUACAAGACUCUGCCUCCCAUAUGCAGCAGCGACGGUGAUCUGUUUGGGGUGACGGGCGCGAGGCCCAGCCGGGAGGAGAGGCGUGCCCGCGGACGGGCCGCCAGGGUCUGGAGGAGGCCGGAGCUGCCCCGCCCCUUCCUGCUGCACCUGGGCGUCACCGCCCGCUCUCACUCCCACCUGGAGUUCCAGAGCUGCUUCCCCUCCCGCCUCAACACGCACUACAUACACAGAACUCUGAAGCCUAAAUUGCCCUGCCUCCCUCACUCUGGGGACAGAUCACUGUUCAGCCAUGGUACGGAAAGAGAGAUCAUCACUCAUACUGUCUCCUGCAUCCUUAGGGGCCUCCUGGAUGACCCCCAGUUCCAGCAGUCUUUAGUGGACAGCUCGGCAGACCCUGUGCCUUAUUUCAGUCAGAUACGAUCCCGGCCCCAGCGCUUCUCUUCUGCAGAGAGGCCCUCUCUGGACCACAGCCCUGAGUCACAGCACCGUCAGGACACACUGCACGAGUCACAGCACCGUCAGGACACACUACACGAGUCACAGCCCCGUCAGGACAUACUGCACGAGUCACAGCACCGUCAGGACAUACUGCACGAGUCACAGCACCGUCAGGACACACUACACGAGUCACAGCACCGUCAGGACACACUACACGAGUCACAGCUCUGUCAGGACAUACUACACGAGUCACAGCUCCAUCAGAACACACUGCUGGAGUCACAGCUCCAUCAGAACACACUGCUGGAGUCACAGCUCCAUCAGAACACACUGCUGGAGUCACUGCUUCAAGAGGACACGCUGCAUGAGUCACAGCUCCAUGAGGAUGCUAUGAGCGAGUCCCAGCUCAGUAAUGACUCUCUGCAUGAGUCAGACCAGGAGCAGGGGUUACAGGAGGCCAUCCGCAGGCUGCCGGAGUUUGCUGACCUGGUUGAGGAUGUGCUACUGAACACGCUGCAGAACCUGAUGACCGAAGCUUUCCUGGGGGAGGUGCUUCUGACGGCCCGCCCCCGCACCAUCGCGCUGCCGCCGUCCUCAGCCAGGAAAUCUCCCAAGUGCGGCUCGAGGAAGCCUUCUGUAGGCACAGCUGGGAUUGAGAAAACUACAGAUCCCAUCUUCCCCCAGCAGGCCAGCCUGUAGGAGCAGCAGGGAAGUUAUUUAAUCAGAUAGUGGAAGGACGUUUUAUUUUUAACCUUUAAUUCCUUUUUGAAAAUAAUUUCUGGUAUCAUGUCUUGAAAGGCAUUGUUAUAAAUCUAAAUAUUCCAAACAGUUUUUCAGGCAUUUCAGCAUUUAUUUGGUAUGCUUGCCAUUAUGCAGUCCAGAUGUAUUCAUUUGACCUUUAUAUGCACAAAUGUUAAAUAAAACUGCUGCGUUGCGCUGAGUCCAAGCAGAACCCUAAAUCAUGAAAAUCUCAUCAAAAACUAAAGCAUUUGCACCGAUGUCUGGGAUCCACUCCUGCCUGUGUCUAGAAACUAACAACUGUCACUGUGGGAGAAUCCUGUAGAGGGCAGCCUCAUCACUUACUCUAAAAUGGGGAAGUAAGAUGUCUUUAUUUAAUUAUUAAACUUGCAUGGAAUGUUUCUAUGGUUUUAACUACUGAAAUCCAAGUUAAAUAUGCUGUAAUAACACUGUGACCACUAGGUGGAGCUGUUGAGGUUCCCUGAGUGAGGAAGAAGUAAAUGUCAACAUUGUGAAACUUAUGGCCAUUAUGGACAGAGAGAGGCCAUCUUAUUUUCCUGUGUUUGAAUGUUGCUUUUAUAAUGAUGAGUGAGGUCACACUUUGUGCUCGGCAUCUUUCAUUAUCAGAAAUGAGACAUCAUAUGCUUACUUUGGUUCUUUGUAGAACUUUAUUAAAAAGGGGAUUUCUGUCCACAGUAGUAAAGACUUUUGCGCCUACAGUAUAAAAAUAAAAAGAAAGUUUACACCCCAAAUUUUUGCUUUUACACAGAAUGCCUGGUUAAAAAGGGAUAAAUAAAAGAUUUGAAGGUCUGAAAAAUCACGACCCAAAUCAGUGUAGAAAAUUGGGUGUCUGUCAGAAAUGGUCCCACACUCUGAGAAGAGCCCAUUGCACCGAGCAAAGAACACAAACCCCGUGGGGAAGGUUGGUGUGUGCAAACACGUGCAUAUGCAGACAAUCAGACCUUCAUUUCUGAGCUUCCUCACGUGAGUAAAGAACAGUGUGACAGUUAAGUAUGG